UAGUCAGUGACCUGUCAGGUGCGCAAGNUUUGGAAAUGCUGUUUUCUCCUGAUGAUGCAUUGAUGGUGCAUUGCCGGUGGUGUUGGUUGUGACUGCUGUGAAUUUGUAGGAAAGGUGACAUUGCUUCUGCCACAUUAUUCGGAAACAGGUUCAGUUCAGGUGUAACAUUCUUUGAGGUCCAGUGAAAUGGGGGACCAAGCUGGACCCUCAGAGAGGUACAUGGAUGAGCCGGGUUUCACUGUGUCACCCUUGCUACAUGUGGGCGACUUUUUGAAGGAGUGUGAAAAAGUGUUGGGAUCGGAAGAGGCCAUGCUUCCAGCGAGGAUCCCGAAAUCCAACUGGGAGAUGGCUGAGAUGAUUGGAACGGAAGAGGAGGUUGUUGACGAGCUGGAAAAAGUUUGUAGUGUAGAAAUGUUGCAUUGCCCCGCUGAGGAUGACUGUCCACUUAAUGAAGGAUCUCUAGGCACACCACAAGGCAUACCAGCAGGAGUUGAACACCUCAAGACAUUACAAUUACGACACAAAAAAUAUAGGAAAGUGGAGAAGCGAUUUCGAAGGACAGACGUGCACCUAGAAUGUUACAGUGCCUACAUUGACCAAGAGGAGGAAGUCUGUGUGAAGAAACCAAUGACCAUCCUCUCUGUCACAUUGUUCAGAGCAUCACAAUCCAUCCAUCAUCUGAAAAAUGUCUACAGACCCACUUUCAUUGACCGAGAGCUGCUAGUCUUGGCGGACCAGAAGCUUACGGCACUGAGGGACAAGAUCAUCUGUGCAGCCGACAUGUCAGUGGCGUCAGGCGAGUACAGUCAGGUCCCUGACGCCCCCCAGGAUGUCAAGCAGCAGGACGUGUACAAGUCCUCAUACUUCCUGAUCGAGGACACCUUCUACAAUGACCGCCGAGAUCCCCUCAGCCGAGAUUUGAGCCAGGUCGUCACAGACUGGAUGAAACCCAAGAAAACCACGUAUUCCAAGUCCAUGGACGAUGUGACAUUUAAUGACCUGGACAUCAGGCUAGGCUAUCCCUACUUGUACUGCCAUGUGGGGAACUGCCAACACAUCAUGGUGUUCACCGAUCUCAGAUUGCUCACUAACACUGAUAUUCAAGACCUCAGCAAAUACCCAGUACUGAUACACAAACCUUACUGGAAACGCAUCCUCUGCACCUGUUGCAACAUUUAUACUGCCAAAUGGAAAACAGUGGGGGACAGCUUCUCCAGCAUCGAUCCCAGUUUCUUCUGCGAGAAGUGCUUCAGGAUGCUCCACUAUGACAAGGAGGGUAACAAACUGGGUUCCUUCACCGCCUACCCCUUUGUUGACCCUAGCAUCUUCAGCUAGCCAGACAGUGUCUGUUGGCAGGAGAGAGGCAGCCUUGAGAUAUGCACAGGAACUGUUGAGGGCAUGGCUCGCUCAUUGCCUUGACUCUGGUGAUGACAUCUGCAAACUCAUUUGUACGUCACAGGUGCGCAAAUGAUGCAUUUAACCCCUUCACGGCGGGAUUAUUUUGACC